CAAGUGGAGAGAAAUACGCAAGCAGCUCAAAUCAGUCCCACUGUGAGAUACAAUGAGUGUGUGAGCAAAAGAUGAGCUCCUUUUUUGCCCGAGUCUGUGUUCAUCAGAGAGAGCUCAAGUAUUGGCUGUCUCUAGUACACCCCCCCUUCCACCAGUCAUCCAAUCAGAGGCAGCAGCAGGCAGGCAAAGCUGCCAGUGCGAGGCUGCAGUCAGAAACAGAGCAGAGCUCUCUGCAUUUGCCCGCCACACUGUCUCAGAAAGCUACCUUGGUGGAUAGAGAGGCAGAUGGAAAAGAACUGAACGAAGGUUGCAGCACAACUGAGAAUCACAACUCCUUCUCUGUCGCCAUGGAAACCACUGAACAAUCAGUGCUGCCGAUGGACUGUGAAGUGGAGGUCGCUGUGGCUGAUUCACCUGAGGAGCGGAAGGAUUUCAGUGCAGAUGAUGAGCAAGUUUGUUUAGAGACAGACUCAUCAGAUUCCCUAGGGGAAAAGGCAAUGAUUGGCACAUUAUUAACUGACCUGCCAACUGGAACAAUUGAGACUGAAAACCCUGACUGCUCUGAGACCAGUGUUUGCACUGAAAUGCCUUGUCAAGAUCAAAAGGAAGUUUUGAUAUUAGAACCAGCGCAUGAAGAGCUUAACAGGAAUGAAUCAGUCACCUCAUCUGUGUCUGACACACUCUCCAGUGCUGACAGUGUUUAUGAGAAUGAGGCCCAUCGUAAGAGGCAGGACACACCAGAACAAGAUCCUGAGCAAGAACAAGUCCCUGAGCCGGAGCAAUAUCUUGAGCCAGAGCCAGAUCCUGAAUCAGAGCAAUACCCUGAGCCAGAACAAGACCCUGAACCAGAGCAAUACCCUGAACCUGAGGACAACCUUAAACUUGGGCAAUAUCCUGAGCCAGAGCAAGACCCUGACCUCGAGCCAUACCCUGACCCUGAGCUAGAGUUAUACCCUGACCCAUUGCAAGACCCUGAGCUAGAGUUAUACCCUGAGCCAGAGCCUGAGGCUGGGGAUAAUGAGCUUAAUCCUGAAAAUGAUGGCUAUAAAAAUCUGCCAAUAGAAACAGAGGAUGACCCAGAGACCAAUGAAAUCCUAUUUGAACCACCCAUUACAGAGGAGUCGAUAUUAGAGCACUGCAUUAGAGAAGAGGCAAUGUCUGAUGUGUCCAAUGAAUCCUGUCAUGACCUUGACCCUGAUGAAAUGGAUGAAUGCCUGACAGUUGAAAUUGCAGCGGCCUCUUCAGAUAGUGAAACUGACGAAAAAUGGAGAACAAUAUUCUCCUCUUCUAUAAAUAAAGAAGAUGACGACUCAUAUUUGGACAGUCUUCAGCUGAGUGCUCAAGAGCUCUUUGUGCAGAAAGUUGAGGUGACAGACUUUGAAGAAGAAGACAACUUUGAAGAGGUCUGUUUUGAGGUUCCACAAGUGGAAGAAGUUCUGGAACAACCUGAGGAUAUAAUUUCCUUUCCCACUCCUACACAAGAGGUUAAAUAUAACCCUUUAGGGCUUCAAGGUUUAUCCAAAAUCUCUGAAGAUGAGAGUGAAAAUGGCAGAGACGCCAAUCAUAAUCACACCACCCACCAACAGCAGAUCAAUGCAGAUCAAAACAAGAAGCUACCUAAAGAUUUCUGUGUGAUACAGGAGACUAAGAGUGAAAAUGUUAGCACGGAGCAUGUGGACUUCCAGCUGGCUCGUAAACAGUGGCGAGAAAUGGAGGAGCAAACCAAGAACAAGAUCGUCUUACCCACCACAAAACAGCCCAGUUUCCACGGCAGCCACAGCUUCAUGUACACACCGGUCCGCAACAUUGAAAGAACGCACAAGAAAGCACAUGAACUAGAGAACUUGAAUCUGAGUGGGGAUUAUUCUCACACCCAGUUCAGCCCUUGCUCAGAGGAUUCUGGCUUGGAUGAUUCCAGUUACAGGUCGCCUUACGAUGACCCAGAAACACCAGUUGAAAGGGAGAUUCGCAUAUCAAUGGAGAGGGAGGAAAACUUCAGGAGAGAGAGAGGACUCUCCAGGAUGGGCAAAUCAACCGAUUGUGCUCCAUCACGAAGUAUCCCCAGAUCCAUAAGCACUCCACUGACACCAUCAUUCAUCAUCACCUCCUCACCUACUAAGGAACCACUGAAACAUGAUGUGUCAGCAAACAAUGUUAUCAUACUCGACCCCAGCAAUGAUUUUACCUCCAGCCCCAGACAUGGCAAAGACAAUGUGGCAGCUAGGUCAGGUGAAUGGCGUUCCGAGGACAACAGCUCCAACCUCAUCAUCCUAGAGACAUCCAACCUGAUUAUUCGCAGUGCCUCUGAGUUCUCCCUAAACAAAGCCCAUGAGCAGCCACAGGAAAAAAUGUUCCUGAACAAUCCUUUUUUCAAGUUGCGUUCAAGAAGCACAAUAUCACUGGUGGAUGAAGAGAUUAAGUUGGUGAAGCAGAGAGAGGAGGAGCUGAGGAAAGAGAGAGCAAAUCUGUAUGGCAAAGACAGGUUCAAUACAGACAGGAUGUUGUCAAAUCACAUGGACACUUUGACAUUUGACACUUCAGCUGAUGUACCAGUGAAAUGCAAGUCCUCACCAUCAUCACCAAUGAAAACAGCCUACAGGAUGGAUCGCUCUGCUUUAUCGUGUGAUCACAGAUUUCCAGAGGUCUACACAGGAGGAAGACGCAAGAGUGCCAUGGCUCUGCGCUGGGAGGCGGGCGAGUUUACAAAAAAUGACUGAAGAGGAACAAGUCAACAGUUUGCCAUAUAAGGGCAUCGAUUGUCAGUGUUAUUCUCAUUCAAGUUAGAUACAGCAUUGCAAUUGUUUGUUUCAUGUUGUGACAUAACCUAAACU